CCGUGAAGUAGUGCAAGGCGGAAGUAGACACAGUCACCCUGCAGCUGCUCACAGAGGACUGAAAAACAAUCUACUAGUGAGGAAAUGUCUGCAGGCCGCGUGCGGUGGCUUCUGGGCCACACAGUGAGAGCUAUGUGCGGCGGCAGCACCGGGCCCGGCUACUGGACACCAGCUCUGACAUCAGCCGGACUCUGUGAAAGACACGGCAUCCUCUCUUCAUCCUGGAGACGAUCUGCGUUCUCCACGGAGGUUCCUGAAGAAACACCGACUCCAGCAGUGAAGAAGAAGAAGCAGGAUCCUCACGCCAACGCUUCCAUCAGCAGCGUUGGGCGGAAAAUCCCUCACAGAGAGAUCCAGGUGAUCGAUGAGGACGGGGAGAACCUGGGGUUGAUGCAUCGCGCCGAUGUGAUCAGAAUCAUAAAUGAGAAGAACCUGAAGUUGGUGCUGCUGAAGGAAAACAAAGAGCCGCCGCUGUACCAGCUGAUGAGCGGGAAACAUCUCCACGAGGAGCAGCUGAGACUCCGAGAGAAAAAUAAGGCAAAAGCAAGUCCUACCCAGGUGAAGGAGCUCAGCUUCUCAGUCGGCAUCGCGUCCCACGAUCUGUCCACCAAGCUGAAACAAGCGGAGAGCUGGCUGGAGAAGAAACAUCACGUCAGGCUGACGCUGCGCGGAAAACGCCACCAGCACAAUGACAACCUGGACAAAACUCUGGAGGAGAUGGUGGAGCAAAUGAACGUGAUGACGGCCUUCGUCUCCACGCCAAAGGUCACACGAGAAGGUCAGGUGGCCAUGUGCGUCCUCCGACCGCCGUCCGCCAAGGAGCUGGCGCAGAAAGCAAAGACCAGAGCUGAGGAGCCGCAGCCUGAAGCCCGUAAAACGCUUCCUGUUAGCAACACGGACACAACGGAGGAAGCCGUGCAGCAGUGAUGGAGAGACGCCUUCACACAAACUAAACAGAGCCUGAAUGUUACAGCAGCUUCAGAGUUUAAGGUCAUAUUUAUCAACACAGGCAGCUGGGUUCUCAUGUUGGGAGGUCAGCGAGUCUUAAAAUGACUGGAAAAUACUGAACUCAAGCAGAACAAACAUGAAAACAUUCACAUACGUCACAUUAAGAUGAUACAGACCCACAAAGCAGCUGACAAGAUGACCUCACAGCAAGAUAAAUCCACUACACACACAUGCAGAAUAACUAGAAAUAGACUCAAAAUGACCUAAAGGUGGCUGAACUGAAUAAUGUUUCAGUUAGCAGAGGCAGUAAGAUGCCGCUGUAAGACGAGACGAGGAUUACAGAGACGUGCAAGGACAAGACGAGAGAUAAUGAAGCAGCAACUUCGACACUGGCAGAAUAAAAGCUGUAAAAGAGUUGAUGUUCCUGUAACCCAAUAGCCUUGGGUGUGAACAUAUGGCUAGUUUGGUGAAAAAGCUGCAGAUUACUCGUGGAUCUACUCCAUUUUUCCUAAAUGUGAUUGGCUUGUGGAUGCUGAUUUUAGUUUGUCAAACUGUGUGGAAAUGAAUGAAAUGAUUGCUAAAGGUUGAAGAUGUAAAGAACGCUCCACAGCAUCAUCAGUGUGAAUCUUUCUCUUUAUUUUAAGAUUGGUUUUGGUAAAAAAUAAAAGCAAAUUUGGCUUACAGAUA